CCCCACCGGCGUUUCCCCACUGCGCCCUCCCUCCCAGCGGAGCGGCCCGUCGCGCGCGUCCCAUACUGUACGUGCACCAUGAUAUAUGUAGAAGUUGCCCAAGGCCCCCAAAACCCUCCAUUACCGGCUUAUAUUCCUCAACCCCCACCGGACCAAUCACCCUGCUCAACGUCCUACGUUGCUACUUGUCCAUACCACUUCUCUCACUCCCCCGCUUCUGAAACAAGCGCUUCGUCACUAUGAAGAUCACUCAGAAAAUCGACAAGGCUAUUGGUAAGGAGUCGUUCCAUGAAGUGUUCUUUACCGUAACACCGCAGUCCAGUCAGGGAAUAUCUCACUGAGACGCCGUCGCUGACUGUCCUCAUCCUUCUGCUCUCUACUUUCCUGUUGCGACUUGCAAUGUAUUUAGCCGAUGGCCGGUGUUUUUGGUCAUUCGAGUACUUCCCACCAAAGACCGAAGCUGGUGUCAUCAAUCUUUACGACCGUAUGGAACGUAUGUACCAACUCGGACCCGAAUUCAUCGAUGUCACAUGGAACGCUGGUGGAAGCAGCUCGGAUGUGACAAUGCAGAUCUGUACCACUGCGCAGGCCGUUUAUGGUCUGGAGACCUGCAUGCACUUGACAUGUACGAACAUGCCGCGGGAAAAGAUCGAUAUUGCUCUUCGAGACGCAAAGGCGGCUGGCAUUCAGAACAUUCUCGCCCUCAGGGGCGACCCACCACGCGGUCAGGAGAACUGGACAAAGUGCGAGACUGGCUUUUCGUACGCUGAGGACCUGGUCAAGUACAUCAGGCAGGAGUACGGCGACUAUUUCUGCAUUGGUGUUGCAGCAUACCCCGAAGGCCACACGGAGCAAAACGAUCCUGAAGCCGACAUGCGCCACCUCAAGGCGAAAAUCGACGCCGGCGCCGACUACAUUGUGACUCAACUCUUCUACGACGUCGACAUCUUCAUCAACUGGUACAAGAAAUGCCGCGGCCUCGGCAUCACCACGCCCAUCCUCCCUGGUCUCAUGCCCAUCCAGAACUACGGCGGAUUUCAUCGCAUGACGAGCAUGUGCAAGACUUUCGUUCCACAAUUCAUUCUUGACGACCUGGAGCCGAUUAAGGAGGAUGAUAAGGCGGUGAAGGAUUAUGGUGUCAAGCUGGCCGUGGACAUGUGCAAUAAGAUGAAGGAGGAGGGAAUCAGGGGUUUCCACUUCUAUACACUGAACUUGGAGAGGUCGACGCGGCUGAUUCUUGAGGGUCUUGGCUUUAUUGCGCCGCCUGAUCAAGUCCGUCCUCUGCCAUGGAACCCCUCCCUGGCCAAAAACCGCGAGAAGGAGAACGUCCGCCCGAUCUUCUGGAAGAACCGCCUCCGCAGCUACAUUCUCCGCACCGAAGCCUGGGACGAUUUCCCCAACGGCCGCUGGGGCGACGCGCGCUCCCCCGCCUUCGGGGAAUUGGACGGCUAUGGCUUCAACCUCAAAUACCCCGCCGACGAAUGCCUGCAGCUCUGGAACCACCCUGAAACCCUUGAAGAAGUCUACACCCUCUUUACCAAGUACUGCACCAAUGAACUCAACGUCUUGCCCUGGUGCGAUGCGCCAUUGUUCCCAGAGUCCGACAUCAUCAAGACCCGCCUCGCGCGGAUCAACUCGCAGGGUUACCUCACCAUCAACUCGCAACCCGCCGUCGACGGCGCGCCCUCAAGCCACCCGGUGUACGGCUGGGGCCCCAAGAACGGGUUCGUGUACCAGAAGGCGUACCUGGAGUUCUUCAUCAGCCCGCAGGCGCUGGACAAGAUUGUGGCGAGGAUCGCAUCGUUGCCAUAUAUCACAUACUAUGCGGUGAACAAGCAGGGUGAUUUGAGGACUAAUACGCAGGGUGAUUCGCCGAAUGCGGUCACGUGGGGUGUGUUCCCGGGGCAGGAGAUUGUGCAGCCGACCAUUGUGGAUUCGGCGAGUUUCGUUGCUUGGAAGGACGAAGCCUUCGAACUCUGGAACAAAUGGGCGCAGCUCUACUCCCCAACCUCAGCCAGCGCAAAAGUCAUUCAACACAUCUCGGACGACUGGUUCCUCGUCAACGUCGUCGACAACAACUACAAGGACGAACAGGCCAUCUUUGAGAUCUUUGACGAUGAGGAUACUGAGAGGGCUACUUCCCGAUGAUGAAACACAUCACACACGAUGGGAUGGGAUCGGACUGCCGUGGCCAAUGACGAUGAAUGAUAAUUUAUCUUC